AGUUCUGAGGGGCGGGUGAAGGAGGAAAGGGCGAGCUGGGAGAGGAGCAGGCGCUCGCCACAACAACCCCCACCCUGCUCUCCACGCGCCAGGUCCUGCACGCUAGGUGGGAGGGUGACGACAAGGAUGGAGGAGCGGGGCCCCACCCCCGCCCUCCCCCGGCGCACCAUCUGCAGCGGAGAGGGCCUUGAGCUGCGUGGGAAAUGCGAAUCUCCCUAAAGGCAGGGGUUUAUGUCCCCCUCCCCACAGGCCACGUGACAUUUAUUACUCUUGAAUGGAGUGAGAAGAAAGUUAUUUGGGAGAUGAUCAACUCCGGCAAUGUCAUCGUGUGUUCACGGCAACAGCGGGGCAGUGGGUCCAAGGGGCGGCCCCGGGCCUCCGUGACGUCACCGGGCUUUCGCGUCAUAGUCGCCUACCCCUGCGGCGCAACGCGCCCUGCAGGAAGGAUGACGUCACGGUCGGAGCUCCUGCAGACCAGUGCGCGCUCGGGGAGUAGGCGAGUCGGGGGCGGUUGGGAGACGUCCUGAGCGCGCGGGACUGACAGGCGGUGUCCCCUGGUCCCCGGGGGAGGGAAGGCUGUGGCAGGAAGUGAGGAUCCUCUGUCCCCUCAGGAUGAGGUGCUACUGAUCCAGGAGGCCAAGAGGGAGUGCCGGGGGUCGUGGUACCUGCCUGCGGGGAGAAUGGAGCCGGGGGAGACCAUCGUGGAGGCGCUGCAGCGGGAGGUGAAGGAGGAGGCGGGGCUGCACUGUGAGCCCGAGACACUGCUGUCCGUGGAGGAGCGGGGCCCCUCCUGGGUCCGCUUCGUGUUCCUCGCUCGCCCCACAGGUGGAAUUCUCAAGACUUCCAAGGAGGCCGAUGCAGAGUCCCUGCAGGCUGCCUGGUACCCACGGAGCUCCCUGCCCACUCCGCUGCGAGCCCAUGACAUCCUGCACCUGGUUGAGCUAGCCGCCCAGUAUCGCCAGCAAGCCAGGCACCCUCUCAUUCUGCCGCAAGAGCUACCCUGUGAUCUGGUCUGCCAGCGGCUCGUGGUCACCUUUACCAGCACCCAGACAGUGUGGGUGUUGGUGGGCACAGUGGGGAUGCCUCACUUGCCUGUCACUGCCUGUGGCCUCGACCCUGUGGAGCAGAGGGGUGGCAUGAAGAUGGCCAUCCUGCGGCUGCUGCAGGAGUGUCUGACCCUGCACCACUUGGUGGUGGAGAUCAAGGGGUUGCUUGGACUGCAGCACCUGGGCCGAGAUCACAGUGAUGGCAUCUGUCUGAAUGUGCUGGUGACCGUGGCUUUUCGGAGCCCAGGGAUCCAGGAUGAACCCCCAAAGAUUCGGGGUGAGAACUUCUUUUGGUGGAAGGUGACUGAGGAAGACCUGCAAAGCCAGCUCCUCAAGCGGCUUCAGGGAUCCUCUGUUGUCCCAGUGAACAGAUAGGGAGGUGGAGGAGGUGACAAGGAGCUAGGCAGCCAUGCUCCCUCCAGUGCAGACAUGUCUGUCUCUGAGGGAGGCAAGAGGCUGGCGAUCAGGGAUCUUGUUGCAUUGGGAGCAGGGGCGGCUCUCCUGGUUCCCGGGAGAGAUGCUUUGAGGAGCAUUCCUCUACAUUGCACAAGGGACAGUGCCUUUAACCAAGCAAGGAGUCCAAAGCUCAGGACCUGACAACCCUGAGGGCACACUGACACCUCUCCCCAGGGGGAUGGGGAGCUUUCUGCACCACCAGUGGCAUCUCCUCCUCAUGCUCUGUGCCCUCCUUGGGAAAGGCCUGCAUCCUGAUCCUUCCAGGCCCUUGGAGCCUGGAGGGGCACUGGGGAAGGUGUCCUGAGGGAGGAGCCCCUUGCUGAGUAAAGAGGUGUUACUUACCUUG